UAGGCGGCUCUCUUGAAUUUCUGGAGCCAUUCUAUCACCUCUCCUCCUUUCUCUCUCUUAUUUUGUUGGCCCAAAAAGAUUGCAACUUUGGAGUCAAUUAUCAGAAUCGAGGACAAUCACCCCUAUUUUUUCGGUACGGAGAUUUCAGGGUGUUUCAUAAUUUGAGUAUACUACUGUUUAAACUCAUUUUCGAAAUUGAUUUUCGAGCUUCUGGGUGACGGAAUCUCAAUUUGUUCUGUUUCCCAGGUUAUUAAACUUGUUAAUAUGCAAUUUGGCAUUUGGGGUCACAAUCAGAUUCAUUGAUUAACUGAAUUUUUGAAGCAAAGUUGUUUUAUGGAGAUAGUUGAUUAACUGGCUACCUUUCGUGCUGGAACGAGUGAUUUAUGGAUGGAGAUGAAUAUGCGUUCUGCUUUGCCGAUGCAAGUGUCAGGUGGGAAUUGUUUUAAUGAUUUGGAAGUUCCCGCGUCAUAUUCUUCUCCUUUACCAAGUUUAACCAACCCUUUAGUAGAUUUUCCAAAAUCACCGGACCCAUUUCUUAUAUCUUCGUCUAGGGAAAUGAUUGCAAGUCCCAUACAGAUGCAAGCUAACCCUAUUGUCUCUCAUAUUGGGGCCUCCAGUAGUGGUUCUCCGUUUUUAGGGGGAUUUCCUGCAGAUAUGCAGUUUCCUUCUUUCUCUCCUCGUGGAACGCUGCCCCAAAAUUCUUCAUUUAUUUCUCCAUCAGCAGGAAGUGGAGCUGAUUUUCCGCCAAAUCAUGUUACUUUAUCAGAUGUACAGCCAACUGGGUUAUUCAACUUUCAAAAAGAUGAUGAUGAUCAUUCAUGGAGUACUGGUCAGUUCCAGGAGUUACUUGAUCUUCCUGAAGGUGUUUCUAUGGUUGAUGGUCAUGUUGGAAAUAGUGGAGAGGUAAUGUCGAGUGAGAGCAAUGUUAAGAGAAUUGGCUGGCAAGAGUUGGAUCUUUAUGCAGAUUCUAUAGAGCUUAACUGGAAUGAGCUUCUGGCUGAUUCAAAUGUGGUAGAUCAACAAUCAAAGAUGCGUCAAUCCUCUUCUGAUAUAGUAGUGCCUCAGGCACCAAUGCCACAGCAGCUUCCUUUACCCUCUAAAGAAGCGUCUUCUUCUGCUAAUCCAACAUCUGGCUCACAAAAUAAGCCCCGCAUGCGCUGGACUCCCGAACUUCAUGAAGCCUUUGUUGAUGCUGUAAAUCAGCUUGGCGGUAGUGAAAGAGCUACUCCGAAAGGUGUUCUUAAGCUCAUGAAUGUAGAAGGUUUAACUAUUUACCAUGUGAAAAGCCACCUACAGAAAUAUAGGACUGCAAGGGUUAGACCAGAAUCAUCCGAAGGCAAUUCAGAGAAGAAAUGUAGUUCCAUCGACCAGGUUUCGUCCGUAGACUUGAAAACGAGUAUUACUAUAACCGAAGCGCUGCGGAUGCAAAUGGAAGUUCAGAAGCAGCUCCAUGAACAGCUUGAGAUACAACGGAAAAUGCAGUUGCAAAUCGAAGAACAAGGGAAGUACCUUUUACAAAUGCUCGAGAAUCAGAAUAAGGCGGAAAAGGAAAAGUUGAAGUCUUCCGACAAACCCGAGGUCUCUGCCAAUGAAGCCAGCGGGUCUGGUUCUCCGCCUUUGAAGCGGAUUCGGACCGACGAUUCAGGGCAUUAGCAUUAGUUAUUAUCGAGAUAACCGUCCUAGAUAGACCCGAGUUUAAUUGGGCAUUGGUUUCAGGCUUUCAGGUGCUGUAAUUCUUGGUGCCUAUAGUGGUAAAUCUAUGUUAUGCUAUUGUAUCUCUAUCAUACUCAGAUAUUGCGUGUAGAAUUGGCCUUCUGCUUCAAGAAUGGUGAUAAAGUGGCAGUUUGAUUUA